AUGGCAAUCCUCGUUCUUCUAGUCAUCGCAAUUUCAGUUCUUCUAAUUUUCCUUCUUCUUCCAAACAAGAACAUAAGAUCCUCAACAAUUCAUCAUCCUCCGGGCCCUCCAAGGCUUCCAAUCAUUGGAAACUUCCACCAACUAGACCCUUCAUGCGUUCAUAAAUCCCUUUGGGAACUUUCACAAAAAUAUGGUCCACUGAUGUUCAUCAAACUCGGUUCAGUGGCAACCCUUGUGAUUUCUUCGGCAAAACUGGCUGAAGAAGUCAUGAAAAACCAAGAUUUAGAAUUUUGUAGUAGGCCAAAAUUGACAGGCCUGCAAAAGUUUACGUACAAUGGCUUGGACAUUGCCUUAGCACCAUAUGGUCAAGAAUGCAGAGAGAUGAGAAAAAUCUGUGUCACUCAUCUCUUGAGUGCAAAAAGGUUGCUGAUGUUUCGUCCGAUUCAUGAAGAUGAAGUGUCACGAAUGAUUAGAAAGAUAUCUAAACAAGCUGCAUCUUCUGAUCCGGUGAUUAAUUUGAGCGAGACUAUUGUGUCUCUAACUAGUACAAUGAUCUGCAGGAUUGCUUUUGGGAAGAGGUUUGAUGAGGAAGGUCAUGAAAGAAGGAGAUUUGAUGGUCUUAUUCGCGAAGCUCAGGCCCUUCUUGUGGCUUUCUUUUUCUCGGACUAUUUUCCAGCAGUUGGAUGGAUUGAUAAGUUCACAGGAAUGCUUUCUAGACUUGAGAGUAUUUUUGAGAAGUUUGAUUCGUUUCAUCAAGAACUUAUAGAUGAGCACCUCAAUCCAAAUAGGCCAAAGUCCAUGGAUGGAGACCUUAUUGAUCUCAUGCUUCAACUACAAAAAGAUGGAACAACUUCAUUUGAGAUAACUAUGGGUAACAUCAAAGCUAUGCUCAUGGACGUAUUCUUUGCCGGUACAGACACAAGAGCGGUGACCAUUAUUUGGGCAAUGACAGCGAUGAUGAAAAAACCAACAGUCAUGAGAAAGGUUCAAGCAGAAAUUAGAGGAAUCAUUGGAAAGAAGCAAAUGUUAGAGGAAGAUGAUGUUCAGAACCUUCCCUAUCGCAAGGCAGUUGUUAAGGAGACAUUCAGGUUGUACCCAGCCUUACCACUUCUAGUGCCUAGAGAAACAAUUGCAAAAUGCACUAUUGAUGGUUAUGAAAUUCAACCCGAGACCUUAGUUUAUGUAAAUGCUUGGGGAAUUGCAAGAGAUCCUGAGUAUUGGGAAAAUGCAGAUGAAUAUUUGCCUGAGAGAUUCUUGAAUAGUAUUCUCGAUGUGAAUGGGCAAGAUUUUCAUUUGAUCCCAUUUGGGGCAGGCAGAAGAGGCUGCCCCGGGUACUCAAUGGGAAAAGGAGCAGUGGAGCUUGCACUAGCCAAUAUUUUGCACUCAUUUGAUUGGGAAUUACCUCCUGGAGUCAAGAAAGAAGACAUUGACGCAGAUGCUUUGCCUGGUAUCACUAUGUGCAAGAAAAAUGAACUGAGGCUUGUGGCAAAACUCCAUGUUUAG